AUGCGACGAGUGAUUGUGUAUGUGCUUCGUUUCGCUGGAUACACGCAGCGUAAACAAAACGUCGAACAAAAGGGAUCUCCUAUUACAGCAAAGGAGAUCGAAAAGGCAACAGUGGUAAUUGUUCGUAUCGCACAAAACGGACAUUACAAAAAAGAGCUAAGCCAUUUACGAAAAAACAAACGAAUUGAAAAAAACAGUGAAUUGCUUAAAUUGAACGUGUUCUUGGAUGAAAAUGAGUUGCUUCGUGUCGGCGGACGAAUUAAGAACAAAGACAUGCCGUUUGAUAUGCGGCAUCCAAUUCUAAUCCCAAAAAAAAGCGAAAUCGCCAAGUUGUUGAUUCGUUAUGUCCAUGCCGACAAUUUUCAUACGGGACCUAAACUCGUAGAAUCAAUAAUGCGAAAAAAAUAUUGGAUCAUAAACGGUCAUUCGACGAUAAAAAAUCAAACGGCAAAAUGUGUCAUAUGUCGUAAAUACCGACCAAAAGUAUCACAUCAAAUGAUGGGUGAUUUACCCACGACACGAACAACAGUUGUAAGCAAACCAUUCACCAACACCAUGGUAGAUUUUACAGGCGAAGUGCAUGUAAAAAGUUCGAAUUUGAGAAAUGCUAAAACAACGAAAGCCUACAUAUGCAUUUUUGUUUGUAUGGCCACAAAGGCCAUACACAUAGAAGUAGUAAGCAAUAUGACGGCUGAGGCAUUUAUAGCAGCUCUACGACGUUUCAUCGCGAGAAGAGGUGAAGUAAAAACAAUGACCAGUGACAACGGUACCAAUUUUGUUGCGGCAAAUCGUUUGUUGCAUGAAUUAACGCAAAAAGAAAGGGAAGAGUUCAACGAAGAAGUUGCUAACGAAUUUACGAGCCAAGGCAUUACUUGGAAAUUCUCGCCACCACGAGCGCCACAUUUCAACGGCUUAGUGGAGGCGGGCGUAAAAACAAUAAAAAUCCAUUUUAAGAAGGCGUUGGGAGAUAAAAAAUUCACAUUCGAAGAGUUAUCAACGGUUUUAACUCAAAUAGAAGCAGCGGUGAAUUCACGACCACUAAUUCCAAUGUCCUCUGACCCCAAUGAUAACACGAUUUUAACUCCAGCUCAUUUCCUGUUAAAUUCACAUCCGAUGGCAAUCGCGAGUGAAAAUUUGGACGAGGUAAAAAUUAGUUGCCUUGACCGCUGGAAAAGAGUACAACAAACAGUACGUGAAUUUUGGCGUCAAUGGAAGAAUGAAUAUUUGCAUACAAUGCAACAACGACAAAAAUGGCAUUCUCCGGUGAACGAAAUAAAAAAAAAUGAUUUAGUGUGGGUCAACAACGAGGCAUCACCAGUGGGCAAAUGGCCCAUGGGUAGAGUGCUUGAAGUCCAUCAAGGUGAAGAUGGAUUGACACGCGUGGCUACAGUAAAAACCGCAAAAAACAUUUUAAAGCGGCCCGUUACAAAGUUAGCUCCGCUACCAAUCAACACUGACGACGAAAAAAAUCAACAGCAAGAAAAAAUAAAAAAAAGAGUCCAACCAGUGCCAAAAUUAGCUACCGUGACACUAAUUAUGUUGGCAAUGGCUGCCAUGGCUCCAAAUAUCGUGGACUCCGCACCAACGGAUUUACUUCAACGCGAACGAAGACAAUCGCCACAUUGGGUUUCGGGUGCAUCGUAUGAUUGCCUCGAAAAGGAAGUUAAAUUCAGUCUCGACAACUUUAUAAAGGAAGAUCAAGAGCAUUUCAAAGCGAUUGAGAUCGAAAUCGACGACACAAAAAAAACAAUAAAGAUAUACACAUUAGCAAGCAAGCCGACUCCAAUGCCAAGAAAUCUACCAACACGCAUUGAAAAGCAUGUGCAAAGCAGCGUAAUAACAAUCAAUGAUGCUACCGAAGCACCAAACAAUGCAUUAAUGCCAUGGGAGAAAUAA